UUAUUCAAUAGAGAAAGGCAAAAUAAAAAACGAGCAAACUGAACUGAAGAACGAGGGAAAGGGCAAGGAACGGCAAAAAUACAAAUUAGGGUUCCGAUUAGAGUCAGAGAAUCAGAAUUUAUCUUGGUUUUGGAAUUUUGACCGUAGCAGAGGCGCCUCGAUCUUGGGUUCCGGUUCUCUUUUUGCAGAUUAUUUGUUGGAUUUUGAGUUGAAAAAGAAGAAAAAAAGAAUAUAGUAGUAGUUAAGAUGUCUGUGAAAACUAGGAGGAUUGUUUCUGGUAGGUCAGAGACUAUAGCAGCAGCUAAUUACGCAUUUGAUCCGUUAGAAGAUGACAAAAUUAUAAGAAAUAGGCUUCUCACACGCACCACUACCACCAGAGGCGAACCUCCAUUGAAGAAGCUUCAGAAAAAAUUCACUUCUUUCGUUACCGAAGUAGACAAAGAAGAAGAAGAAAAAGAAGAUAACUACAGUGAGUGCGGUAGGCUCGCGAAAGCUUUCUUACAGGAGCUUUCUGCUUUUGAGAUUCCGCUUCUUAAGAGCCAAGCGGUUGUUGCUGCGAAUCUUAGGGAGAAAGAGAACUUCAACGAGCUUAAAGAAGAGACGAAUAGGCAGAUUAUGCAGGCGCAAGCUGAUAUUGAACAUCUUAAGAAACAGCUUGAAGAGAGUAAAAUAGAGAGACAGCAUAAAGAGGAGUGUGAAGCCAUUAGGAAACUUAUCUCUGCGCAGCCACCGAAGUCAGAGACACAAAAGGCUAUACAUGAAUUGAAGAAGGAGAUUGCAGAACUGGAGGCUGAGGAUACAGCAAGCUGGAGACUUCUUGAGCUAAGGAAGAAGCAGUUUGCAUUGUUGUUGCAUGUGGUGGAUGAGUUGCAGGAGACAAUGGAGGAAGAACAGAAGAGUAUGGUUGAAGAAAUGCAGAGGAACAUGUCCGAGGAAACAACAACUGCUGGUGGCGCUGAAGCCAUGUCCAUCGAUUAGCUCCUAAUCUUAGCUACUCUUGUCUUCUCUUGAAUGCUCCUUGCCAAGAAUCGGUUUUAUAAAUUUCUGGUGUACCUCAUUGCAAUGAUACACAGUCACACUUACAACCGGUUUUGACUUUUGAGUCUUCAUAAACCAAUGUUUUUUGGUUUGGUCAUAUAUACAUUAAACCAAUUAAACCGGUUUAGAAUUAUACCGACUAAGAUUUAAACCGGAAUAUUAUCUUCUCAUUUUCUA